CAGUUCAACCGACGCAAAUAUUUUGCACAAUUUCUUGUAAUAGCUACUUUGAGUAUAUAUUGUACACCUCUUUGAUUUAUAAUUUCAUAUUGAUAAUUACAGUGAGGAAUUGGGUCACACUUUGUGGACACGCAAAAAUGACGGGGACGAUUGCAAUUUUAGUGUUUAUAAUCAGUUUGUCUUUCGGUGUCGAAACAAAGCAAGAUUGCAAAUACGACAAUAUACGGAUUGUUAUUCGAUCGGAAGAAAAGUAUUUAAAUGAUAUAGAACACUCGCUGGGAAUACAUUUGUUCUACUUUGAUAGCAAGAUAAAUGACAACCUUUUCAUCUUCGUAAUGAAAACAGUGGAACUGAAACAUCGACAACUGUUGUCACAUAUUGAACUAGCAGUCCUUCAACGUUCAAACCAACACAUUGAAAAGAUGGCUCAAAGCUACAACUUGUAUCAAGUAUCGCCUCUCAGCCUACGAUCUGCAACAUACAGUAGCGAUAGACACCAGUCUGAACAAUGGAAUGCACCCAAUUUCAUGAACCUUUGUUCACCUCAUUUCGACCAAGCGCUUGGAAUUGACCAAUCAUGGAUUGAACAUAAUGUCAGUGGACGUGGAAUUGUUGUGGGAGUUACAGACGUUGGUAUCAAUGCGAACAAUAGGUUUAUACAUGGAAAUAUAAACUUUGAUUUGUCUUACAACUUUGUGGAUAAUAUCACACAAACAAGUCAUACCGUUCUACCGGGUAUACUAGAAAGUUCGUCAAAAACAGGUCAUGCGAUCGCGUGUGCUGGACUCAUAGCUCGCCCAAAUACGGGUGAUAAAUGCGUUUUUUGUGGAACAGGUGUUGCACACGAAGCAAAACUUGCAGAUCUGCAAAUUGCAAAGAUCAGAGAAAAAAGUUGGAUGUUUCAAGGCAUAGACUCUGCUAUUUAUUCAAGGGCUUUAGCAUACAGACGUGAUGCUAUCCAUAUAUUCUCAAAUAGUUGGGCUGCAAAAAAGGCGCUCAUUAAAUCAGCCUUCUAUGAAGAAGAUGUUUUGACUGAAGGAGUUAGAGAAGGUCGGAACGGCCUCGGUACGGUAUACGUAUUUCCUGCCGGAUAUCCUGGAUCUGGUUUGGCCAAUCAUAUAGGGAGCAUUACCGUUGCCUGUUUAGGUGUCAAUGGUUCCGUCGCUGAUGUAAGCAAAGUCAAUGCUGCGGCACUCGUAUCAGUGUUUUGCAACGGUAGAAAAAGGAACGAUCAAAGAAUGAUAACAGUUGGGCACAGCGAUCGGAGGUGUGACACAAGUUUCGGCGGUGAAUCUGCUGCAACUGCAAUUGUUUCCGGGAUGAUUGCUCUUUUGUUGGAGGCACACCCUGCUUUAACAGCCAGAGACGUAAAACAUAUUUUAAUUGAAUCAAGCAGCCGUUUUGGGAUCGAAGCAACACCUGAUUUUUUGCAUAACACAGCUGGAAAAUAUUAUCAUCCUAAUGUGGGAUUCGGCCUGCCUGACAGUUCAAAGAUGGUUUUACUCGGGAGGCACUGGAAACAAUUGACACCAUUAAGCACAAGAACACUUAUAAUUUCGAAAACCGCAUAUCACACCGAUGAUCUUGACUGGUACGUUCAAGAAUUGUACGACAAUACUUCCUGCGACACAGCACCAUGCAUAGAGAAGAUGGAAGAAGUUUUGUUUGAAAUUGAGUUCGUAUAUUCAAAACAGCGUCUCAUGAAACUGUGGGCUAAAUCACCAAGUGGGACUGAAUCAACUUUAGCAGAAUUGGAACCUUCUGCGAAAGGGGAUACAGCGAAGCAUGUCAACACCACCACUUUCCGGUCCAACCACUUUUGGGGAGAAAAUAGUCGAGGUCGCUGGCAUGUUUACAUUGGUUGCAAAUAUUCAAUGGCCUAUCCUUUUCCAGCUGGUGCAUGUCAUGUCGCUAACGCAAGUAUAGCAAUACAUGGUACAGUAGAAACUGAUAAAACACCACAUCAUUCAUAUAUGGAUACAGAUGAUGGCGACAAAAUUAACAGAUAUAACCUACCCACAGAUGGGAAACCGAUUACAAACAAUGGCAUUAUUGCAAACAAUUUAAAUGCAAAUAAUAUUAAUAUAUACAAUAACGAGUACAAUUCAGUGAUUGUGCCACUUCUCAUUCUGCCUACGGUCUUUCUGGCCGCUGUCAGUUGUUGGUAUGUUUGCUUAAGGCGUGUACGAUGAGCGAUAGCCAGUGUGUGAAUACCACGUGAUAGAUAACGUCAUAUAUGCUACGUCAGAA